AUGAAUUUGUUUGAGUACAAAAAACUUAUGAUUCUUCUCUGGAAGAAUUUUACUUUAAAGAGGCGGAAACUAGUGGCUUUAGUUGUGGAAAUGGUUCUGACAGUUGUAUUUGGUAUUAUACUUUUGGCAAUACGCAACUUUAUUAUUAUAAAGAAGAUCGGACCUUUCAGUUACAAUGCUUAUCCCAUCAGUGAUGUGCCUUCAUUCAUCAGAUCUCCUGUCACUGUUCCUUAUCCUUGGGAAUUGGCUUACGUGCCUUCCAAAAGUAUUGUGGUACAGAAUAUUGUUGAAAACGUGAAAAGAGAUUUAAACACCAAUAUGAAAGUUAUAGGCUUUUCUUCAGAAAGAGCUUUUGAAGAUUAUGUUAAGCAAACUAAUAAGUCUAAAAAUGUUCUGGCUGCUAUUGUAUUUGACCAUGUCUUCCAGAGUAGCAAUGAUCCUCUCCCACUUAAGGUUAAAUAUUACCUACGUUUUAGCAAUUUUAAGAAGAACAACACGUUUGGGGAUGCAUUUGAAGCGAGUAGCUGGUUGACAAAUUCUCUCUUUCCAUCUGUGCCUCCUGUGGGACCCAGAAACCAACAAGAAGAAAGUGGGGGGAGUCCUGGGUAUAUCAGUGAAGGGUUCCUGCUUGUGCAACAUGCCUUGGACAAGGCCAUUAUGCUGCAUCACAGUGGCUCUGCUGCAGAAAAGCUGUUGAAUGGUGUCAGAAUUUUUGUCCAGAGAUUUCCAUACCCGAUGCAUUAUCAAGAUUUCUUCUAUGUAUUUGCUGAUAUUUUUAUCCCUUUAGUAGCCCUAUGUAUCUUCUCUCUAAAUCAUCUUGUCUUAAUUCAGUCCAUUGUGUGGGAAAAGGAAAACCGAUUGAAGGAGUACCAGCUCAUGAUAGGAGUCAGUAAUUGGAUGAUCUGGGCUGCCUAUUUCUUCACAUUCCUCUGCUUAUAUGUUCUUACCAUUAUUUUUAUGUGCAUAAUUUUCUUUGUCAAGAUUGAUCCUGCACCAAUCUUCCAGUAUAGUGACCCAGUUAUUGUCUUCAUCUUUUUGCUGUUUUAUGCCAUCUCCUUAAUUUUCUUCAGCUUCAUGAUUAGCACAUUCUUUGAUAAAGUCAAUUUUGCCGUUGCUUUGGGAGGUUUCCUUUUCUUUAUCACCUACCUUCCAGCUGUUAGACUCCUUGUGAACUCUGGACAGAUGACAUUCAAGCAGAAACUGAUUUUCUGCCUCUGCUGUAAUGUUGCAAUGGCCCUGGGAUUUAAAUAUCUACUUGACGCAGAAUCAAACAAAACUGGAAUUAAAUGGAAUAACAUAUUCUCAUCAACCAAUCUGGACAACUUUUUAUUUGCAUAUGUACUGGGGAUGUUUUUAUUUGAUACUUUCUUGUAUGGUCUCAUGACCUGGUAUAUAGAAGCUGUCUUUCCAGGGCAAUAUGGUGUGCCCAAGCCAUGGAAUUUUUUCUUAAGGCACUCUUACUGGUUUGGGAAACCACCUAAAAAUCAACCUGAAACAAUUCAACCUAAAGAGACAAUUGAAAACAAGUAUUUUGAAGCUGAACCUACUGAUUUGGUAGCAGGUAUCCAGAUCAAACAUUUGCACAAGGUAUUCAAAGAGAAUAACACUAUCAAAGUAGCAAUAAAGGACUUGUCUUUGAAUCUGUAUGAGGGGCAGAUCACUGUUCUUCUAGGACAUAAUGGGGCAGGAAAAUCCACUACUCUGUCAAUUCUCUCAGGUCUCUAUCCUUCAACCAGUGGAAAGGCCUAUAUUCAUGGAUAUGAGAUCUCACAGCACAUGACAGAAAUCAGGAAAUCCUUGGGCUUGUGUCCCCAACAGGACCUGCUGUUUAAUUACUUGACUGUGUCAGAGCACCUUUACUUCUAUUGUGUGAUAAAAGGAGUACCUCGAAAUUUGCAUCUUCAGGAAAUUGACAACAUGCUGUCAGCUUUUAACCUGCUAGAAAAGCGUGAUGCAUUUUCAAAGUCAUUGAGUGGAGGAAUGAAGCGCAAACUCUCCAUUAUUGUAGCUCUUAUAGGGAACUCAAAGGUGGUGAUCCUUGAUGAGCCAACAUCUGGCAUGGACCCAGCCUCAAGAAGGGCCACCUGGGAUCUCCUUAAGACCUAUAAACGGGAUCGCACCAUCCUACUGACUACUCAUUACAUGGAUGAAGCUGAUGCACUGGGUGACCGCAUAGCCAUCAUGGCCAAAGGAUCCCUGCAGUGCUGUGGCUCUUCAAUAUUCCUGAAACAUUUAUAUGGUGUGGGAUACCACGUUGUUAUGGUAAAGGAACCUCACUGCAAAGUUGAAGAAAUCUCAGAGUUGAUUUAUUAUCAUGCACCAACAGCCACUUUGGAGAGCAGUGCUGGGACUGAGUUAUCAUUUAUACUACCCAAAGAGUACACUCACAGGUUUGAAGCCCUGUUUACUGCUCUGGAAAACAGACAGAAAAAUCUGGGCAUUGCUAGCUUUGGUGUCUCUAUCACUACCAUGGAGGAAGUCUUCCUUAAGGUUGGUCACAUGGAAGGUUCACAAAGUUGUAUCCAAGCUGUACAGUCUCCCUCCAAGAAAAGCAAAGUCUCCAUCAUGAGCCAGAAUAGGAAUAUGUCAAGUAAUUUUGAGAGAGUAUAUUCUUCUACCCUGAAUGGAACUAUUAUGUUUAAUACUGGGAGUUCCCUCUACUGUCAGCAAUUCCGUGCCAUGUUCUUGAAAAGGCUGAUGUUCAGUUGGCGCAACUGGAAGAUAACUUUGAUACAGAUUCUGGGACUUGUAGUUUCCACAUUCUUUCUCUUUCGGUCCAGUGACCUUGUACAUCACGAUGAAAUGACCAGGCAAAUGGAUUUGAAUGAAUAUGGUCAAACCAUUGUGCCUUUUUAUAUUUCUGGGAGUUCUGAUUUGACUACAAGUCUCUUAGAACACCUUGAGAGUAUGCUAAAGGCUAACAAUCACAAACUUAAGGAAGUACCAGGUAAUCUUCUGGAUUACUUGAGGGAAAAUAAGGAGUGUAAUAGUUUAUGCAUUAUUGCUUUUUCCUUGGAGGUGAAGACAGAUGAAACAGUAUUUACUGUUUUGUUCAACAAUGAAGCAUACCAUUCACCCUCUCUGUCCCUGGCAGUUUUAGACAACAUUCUUUUCAUGUCACUUUCUGGUGCUAGUGCUUCCUUAACAGUCUCCAAUAAACCUCAGCCACACCAUGACAAUAAAGUCAAUGAAGGGACUAUAAAUGGACAGGAGGUGUUUUGGGAUAUGCAACUGGGUGUAGCUCUUUUAAUCAGUGGCUUUUCCCUCCUGACAGUGACUGAGAGAAUCACUAAGGCAAAGCACAUCCAGUUUCUGAGUGGGGUCUCUGUCACCGUGUACUGGUUUUCUGCUUUAGUGCAUGAUUUUAUUGUCUUCAUAUUUUCCUGCUGCUUAUUAUUGGUGAUGUUCAAAUACUACAAAAUUGAUAUUUAUGUCAUGGAUUAUCACUUUCUGGAAACCAUGCUGAUACUCACACUAUAUGGCUGGUCUGCCAUUCCCCUCAUGUACCUGUUGAGCUUCUUGUUUUCUAGAAGUUCUUCUGCCUACAUCAAACUUAUUCUGUUCAACUUCAUCUCAGGCACUUUUACUAUCUUCAUAGAUAGAAUAUUAGGAGACGCAACAGCAACUAACUUGUCUAAUGUCACCAGAAACUUCAUACGUAAUUCGUUACUGAUCUUUCCCAAUUAUAACCUUGGGAAAUGCAUCGGUGACUAUACUGUUAUCUACCAGAUGAAGAUACUGUGUACCGGGAAAAAGAAUGUUCCCAAAUUCUUAAAUUGUAGUAAAGAAAAUACUGAGAAGAAUAUUUAUUCUUUGGAAGAGCAUACAAUUGGAAAGCAUUUGAUUGUCAUGAGUAUUGAAGGCUGUCUUUUCGUUCUCUUCAUUUUCCUUUGUGAUAAUAGUUUGUGGAGAUUAAGAAUGUUUCUCAAUCAACAUGUUUACUUUGCUAUUUACAAGAAAUAUAAGAAGGAUAUAAUUUCUAAGGAAUUAUCUGGAGAAUCUCAAGAUAAAGAUGUAGAAUUUGAAAGAAAGAGAAUUCUGGAGCAUCCUGAAGAGUUGAUGAAUUCCCCAGUGCUUAUUAAGGAACUCACAAAGAUAUACUUUACAUGUCCAGUAAUUCUGGCUGUGAAAAAUAUUUCCCUGGCAGUUCAAAAGAAGGAGUGCUUUGGGUUACUUGGAUAUAAUGGAGCAGGUAAAACAAGUACAUUCCAAAUUCUGACGGGAGAGGAGAGUCCUACCUCUGGGGAUGUGUUUAUUGAUGGCUUUAGCAUCACCAAAAAUAUCCUAAAGGUGAGGUCAAGAAUUGGCUAUUGUCCUCAAUUUGACGCUUUGCUGGAAUACAUGACUGGCCGGGAAAUAAUGAUCAUGUAUGCCAGAGUAUGUGGAGUUUCUGAGCAUCAGAUCCAUCUGUAUGUGAACAAACAUUUGCACUCAUUGGAAUUGGAGCCACAUGCUGACAGUAUUAUCAGGACCUACAGUGGAGGAAACAAACGUAGGCUGAGCACUGCUAUUGCCAUAAUGGGAAAGUCCUCAGUUGUCUUUCUGGAUGAGCCAUCCACUGGCAUGGACCCAGUAGCCCGACGCCUGCUCUGGAACACAGUGACAAAGACACGUGAAAGUGGAAAAGCUGUCAUUAUAACCUCCCACAGCAUGGAGGAAUGCGAUGCCCUCUGUACCAAGGUAGCCAUCAUGGUAAAGGGAAAAUUCAUGUGCUUUGGCAGCCCUCAGCACCUCAAGAACAAGUUUGGUGAUAUUUAUAUCCUGAAGGUCAAGGUCAAGACUGAGGAUAAAUUAGAGGAUUUUAAAAAUUUCAUCACAAUGACAUUUCCAGAUAGUAUCUUGAAGGAGGAGAAUCAAAGGAUCCUUAACUACCAUGUUCCCCAAAAGGACAAUUGCUGGGGAAAGGUGUUUGGUGUUUUGGAGAAAGCUAAAGAGCAAUUCAACUUAGAGGACUAUUCAGUCAGUCAGAUAACACUAGAACAAGUCUUCUUGGCCUUUGCACACCUCCAGUGA